AUGAAAGCCAGAGUGGCCUUGGCGGUGGCUGUAAUAAACAGCAAGCCCCCCGGCACCAGCGGCUGGGACCACUGCGAGGUCUUGGCCCGCACACUGAGGAGGCAGGACAACGGGUGGAAGGAGAAAGUCCGGGAGCUGCAGCAGGAGGUGCUGAGGCUGCGGCAGGAGCUGCUCGUCACCGGGGUGACGUCCAACACAAAGAGCAGCUCGGAGGUGGCAGACGACGUGGACGGCCUGUCUCAGGAUCUGUUUGGUCCAGGAAGUCCGGCGUCCUGUGCAGGUCUUCAACUGGACUGUGGCUCAGAAACUCCUGACCUACUGCUGCAGGGUCCUGCCGUACCCCCUUCCAGUCCCUGCAGCAGUCCUAGGGAGGUGGCGCUGCGUCCCCACGUGCACUUCCUGCGCUCGCUGUGCACCCUACAUCGUGUCGAGGGCAGUGGAGGCGCAGAGGCUCCGUUCUUCAGCCCUGACGGGCCCUCGGGCUCAGUGCUGGCCGACACAGUGUGCCACCUCCUCCAGUGCGUGGUGGAGGCCUGCGGAGACCCCCCGGCGCCGGGCUUACCACCCGACCUGGUGCUGCAGGCCUGCCAGGUGGUGGCCUGGGCCUUGGAGCUCCUCUGCUCUCCGAGGCAGCCGUGUGUGGAGUUCAGGAGACGUGUGGAGGAGGUGCUGAAGAAGCUGACUCAGAUGCUGCUCCUCAACAAACAGCCUGGCAGGGCUGCAGAGCGGCUGACGGACUACCUGGUUGCACUCGGGAGCAGCAGAGUAUCCAAGUCCUUCCUGAUCCGUCACAUCAUCUCAGAGAUCAGCUCUGUGGCACAUCAGCUGUGGCAGGCCUCCCAGGCUCGUUGCCCCGGACACUUCUGA